AUACCACCAAACACAUCCAAUCCAAGUCCACUAAACUUUUGAAAGGGACGACGAAACAGACCAAAAAAAAAGAAAUUCUCCUUCAAACAAAACCGGUCUCUUUUAACUCUCAUUCUGUGGGUAAAUUUCUUCUUGAACCGUCAAUGGCGAGGAUACGCAGGAAACUCUUCCCGGCACUGUCUGAUAUAAACCAAACCCAAGAUUGUCCUGAAUUUUGCGACCCAGCUUGCCCUUAUAGCUGCUAUUCUUUCCCAGACUACUACUUCCCACCACCUCCACCUCCUCCACCUCCUUUUUCGGCCACUGAUCAUUCCAGUUCAGGUACUCACAUCUCCUCCAAUUUCAUCAUUCUUGCUUCUCUGUUCACUGUCAUUUUUAUUCUCCUGGGUUUGUACGUGAUCAAAGCCAAGUGCUUUGCUAAUUGGUGUGGCCGGAGAGACAAUGGAUCCCAGUCAGAGGUCUCAGACCAAGAGUUUCUUGAUGAGAACCAUGUUGAUCACCCUGUCUGGUUUAUCACCAGUGCUGGUCUGCAACAGUCGAUUAUAAAUUCUAUCACGGUUUGUAAGUAUAGAAGAGGUGAUGGGUUGAUCGAAGGAACCGAGUGUUCAGUGUGUUUGAACGAGUUUCGCGAAGGUGAAACCUUGCGACUCUUGCCUAAGUGCAGCCACGCCUUUCACAUCCCCUGUAUUGACACUUGGUUGCGUUCGCAUACUAAUUGUCCUCUCUGUCGUGCUGGGAUCGUCUCGAACAAUGUCAGACCUGAGGCUGCCGUGUCGAAUUGGGCUUCAACGGAGCUAAACUCUGAAAAUUCACAAAGGAACCAAGAGAUUCAAGCUGAGAAUCCGCCAAAUGAUGGUGAAUUAAACGACAAUAUGAUGGUAGUUGUAAAUGGGGCACCUGGAAACAGAGCUGGAACUGUGGAAACCCAAGACUUGAACGAUAAUUUGGUUUCAAAGGAGCACGCAAAUGUUGCACGCAACGGUCCAAAAGACGAUCAUGGGGUUUUAAAUGAAGGCAAUCGAAUUGAGAUAAGGUCUAUGUCCAUGGAUUAUAGGCCGGCAAAUUCUUCUAGUUGGGAGCCUGAAGAAAACCAUGCAGGGCUUGAAGAAAUUCGGCGUUCCUCUGUUACAAAAUGUCUACACCUGAGCCCUAUUCCUAUGAAGAGGUCGUUCUCUUGCAGCGGAAGGAUUCUAUCUGCCAGAGAUCACAGGAAUCUACAUAUAAGUCUUUCUUAUUAGAAUUUAUCAUCAUGAUGUGUAUAUAUUCUCAUGUUCAUGCUCUUUGAAUUUCGGGGGUGCAUAAAUUUGUUUAUACAGAAGGCAUAAAAGGAGAAAUUGUGGGUGAGACAAGGAGAUCAAUUUUAAUCGAGCUCUGCUUCCCAAGGGAAGAAAAUAUCGUGCUAGUUUGAAGUUUUAUCAAUUUAGAGGCAGACUGCAAAAGAAUAACCCUGCUGCACCAGGUGCAGAGGUAGAAGUGCCGAAGGGGUUUGAUUUUGAUCCCAGAACGAGGAAUCAAACAGUUUUAUUUUCAUGAGGAUUUGCGUUGUGUAA